UUGGCUGCAGAUUGUCUCUGUGGGAGUUGCGCGUCCUGGUGCAUGGUGUUGAUCGGAGCUCUCCGAAGACAAACCCCGGUGCUCCGUAGCUGCGGCAGGUAUCUCUCUGUCACUGCUCGACUCCAGCUGAUCUAGUGAAAGGAUGGCAAACUCUAAAGGACCCACCACCGAAAUUAAAUACGUCUACAGGGGAACAUUUAUCCACUCUACCCAGCAAACACCGCUGCAGAUCUUGGAAGAUGAGGUCCUGGGAGUGGAUACAGAUGGAAAGAUUGCUUUCAUUGGGAAAGCUGCAGAGUUAGACAGCCUCUCUCAGACCUUUGGGUUCAGUCCUUCAGAAGUCAUUCAACUGGCACAACAUGAGUUCUUCAUGCCCGGAUUGGUGGACACCCACAUCCACGCGCCCCAGUACAGCUACGCUGGCACGGCCCUGGACAUGCCCCUACUGGAGUGGCUCAAUAAAUACACCUUUCCUGUGGAGUCACGCUUCAAGGACUUGGAGUUCGCCCAACAGGUCUACUCUCAAGUAGUGAAAAGGACCCUGAGGAAUGGAACAACCACAGCAUGUUACUUUGCAACCAUACACACAGAUGCCUCUCUGCUGUUGGCCCAGAUUGCAAAUGACUUUGGGCAGCGUGCCUUGGUUGGGAAAGUGUGUAUGGACACGAACAAUUCUGUGAAACAUUACAAAGAGACCAAUCAGGAGUCCCAGGACGAAACCUGCCGGUUCAUUGCAGAGCUCUUGAAGAAAAAGUAUCCUCUGGUGAGGCCGGUGGUGACUCCCCGCUUCGCUCUUUCGUGCACAGGAGCCCUGCUGGGACAGCUGGGAGCCAUCGCUAAGAAUAACAACCUGCACAUCCAGAGUCACAUCAGUGAAAACGUAGAGGAAGUGAAGCUUGUAAAGGAGUUGUUUCCUGAAUCUAAGUCUUACACAGAUGUGUAUCACAAACACAACCUGCUCACUGACAAGACAGUGAUGGCUCACGGCUGCUUCCUAAGUGAUGAAGAGUUGGCUCUGUUCAGAGAGACAGGAGCCUCUUUGUCUCACUGUCCCAAUUCCAACAUCUCGCUGUGCAGUGGAAUGUUGAAUGUCCGCAACGUCCUGAGACACAACGUGAAGUUGGGGCUGGGAACAGACGUGGCGGGGGGCUACUCGGCCUCUAUGCUGGACGCUGUGAGGAGAACUCUGGACACGUCCAAAGUGUUGACCAUCCAGGACCCAGAACACGACACACUCACCUUCGAGGAAGUGUUCAGGCUCGCCACACUGGGAGGCAGCCAAGCUUUGUCCCUGGAUGACCGGACAGGGAACUUCGAAGUGGGCAAAGACUUUGAUGCCCUGAGGGUGAAUGUGGCUGCUGCUGAUGGACCUAUCGACCUCAUCAAGAUCGAGGAACCAAAGAUUAUUUUGGAGAAGUUCUUGAAUUUGGGUGAUGAUCGCAACAUAGUCGAAGUGUUUGUGGCCGGGAGAAAGGUUGUACCAUUUACAAAAGAGUAAAUGCUUACUACCGAAAAACAUGAACAUCUGAGCGAUACAAUAUGUGCAGCCAAUGAAGUAUCAGAAGGAAAUGCCGUAGUUGUGCAUGAACUGCACAGCUGCACUGUCUGCUUUUAAUGAUAGGAAAGAAAGUAGGAAAUUAAUUAUUACCAUGUUUUACUGCUACUGCAAUACAAAGGUGUGGUCCGCUGAGCUUGAAAUAGGUCUGUUGAUGAAGCUGGAAAGGGUGAACUACUGGACUUUAAAACAGGAACUAAGGGACUUAUUAAAUGUUGUGAACUUGUGUUUCUUCAUUUUUGCGUGCUAAAAAACCACAAUCACGCAUCAACACUUUGCUGAUUAACUUUUCACUUUUUAUGUGCAUGUUCACAUUGUUUUAGACUUUUAUUAACCUGAACUGCUUGUUUAAACACAUACUGAUGGUAACGUGCCAACUGCAACUUAUCUUCUGUUGAAUGCUGAUAUCUCACUGUGUUGCCUUGAGAAAUUUGAACUGGAGAAAUCUUGAUAACGUUAAGUGACAUAUUAACAUAUAGGACUUUGUUCAGUGUAGCUGCAGAGCCUUAAUGGCACAAAGCCAUUUAAUAGAAAUCUUUUAGUUUCAGUAUGAUUCAUUCAGUUUAUUACAUUUGACAUCUGAUUGCAGCGCCAUGUGUGCUGAAAUGAAGGGCUCAUGAUACACAAAUUAGUUAAAAAGUUUCCAUUCCAGUUAUAGGAUCGUUCUCUGUGCUUCCAAUUACCUCAAAAUCAGUGCAAUUUACUCAACAUGCUGCCUUAUGAUGAAUAUCAGUUAUUUUUGAUACAGCUUUGUAUUACUAACCUUAUCUACUCGUUGAAUCCAUGUUUUACUAAAGAGAUUGUUGAUUUAUUUGAUUGUCAUCCUAAUGUGUUUUACUUGUGUAUAUAUAUAUAUGUGAUAUAAUCUUUGUUAUGAAUGUUGGGAAUUGAAGGGAAAUUAAUUGGAUUGCUUAAUAUAUGUUUGUCCUUUGCUUCCUUUUUACUAAAAUAUAUUUCAUUUUUAUCACAACAUAUCAGUCUAUGACACCAAAUCCUACAUGUUAAACGUAUUUUUUGAUAGGUCACACUAUGGAUAUUGAAA